UUCUCACCCGACAACCGCCCGUUAAUGUUAGUAGAAGCUGUCUAAAUUUUGAACACUUUCUCACUCUCUUAUCCGUAGACGUUUGCUCGUUGUCUCUCCUCUAAACUCAGACCUCACUACUCUUCUUCUUUCUACUGUCUCACCUCUAAUGGCGACUUCGUCACUUUCUUCUGCAACUUCCUAUCUCCACUCUUUUAGGCGUCGCAACUCCUCCAACAUCUCUCUUCAAGGUGUUAGCAAUGUAGAAUGUAAUUUCGCGCAAAACCAAGUUGCAAGAACCAAUGUUUCAGUUUGGCGGUCUGCCGCUAACUAUGUUGGAAUGGAUUGUGGUGUUAAGAAGUUUUCUGGGAAGGCUGUUGUUAUGAAACAGUUGCCAAACCAAGCAGGAACUUUUAGGUGUGCAACUAUGGAGGAAAUCGAAGCUGAAAAGUCGUUGAUAGAGACGGAUACUAAACAAAGGAUGGAGAAGACUAUUGAUACAAUACGCUCAAAUUUCAAUUCUGUAAGGACAAAUCGAGCAAAUCCAUCAAUGCUGGAUCGGAUUGAAGUUGAGUAUUACGGAACUCCAGUCAGCUUAAAAAGCAUUGCUCAAAUAAGUACUCCAGAUGCUAGUUCUCUUUUGAUAACACCUUAUGACAAAUCAAGCUUGAAGUCAAUAGAGAAGGCAUUAGUUAGCUCUCAACUUGGUAUAACUCCUAGUAAUGACGGUGAAGUAAUCCGGCUAUCCCUGCCUCCUUUAACUACAGAUAGAAGGAAGGAGCUUUCGAAAGUUGUUUCUAAACUCGCAGAAGAAGGAAAGGUUGCAGUUAGGAACAUAAGAAGAGAUGCUCUGAAGGCUUAUGAAAAACUUGAGAAGGAGAAAAAACUUUCUGAGGACAACGUGAAAGACCUAUCUGCUGAUCUACAGAAGCUGACUGAUGAGUACAUGAAGAAGGUUGAAUCUAUCUACAAGCAGAAAGAACAGGAGUUGAUGAAAGUCUAAGUGACCAAGAGCUGAAAUAGAUGUAGAUUUGCAAACGUUGAAACUGUGGCUCCAACGUCGUUAAUGGUAAAACAUGAUGCCAGAGCUUUCCUUUGCGGUUUCUCUUGUGAAUAACACUUAAAUUUCUCGAAAAAUAGGUUUUGAUUUAUCAAACCUUGAUAGAAGUGGACUAAGCAUGAAGUAACUUUGAUUAUCGUGUAAGAUGAUAACCACUUUUAAUAGAUCCAGCGGAGGAUUUUUUUUUGUUGGAAGAUUCAGUGGAAGAUGAUAACCACUUUUAAUGCAAUACAUACAUGAUAAAGCUUGUAGAUGUGGCUCUUUUUGUGUAAUGGCUGCCGUAUACUGUAUAGUUCAGUUGCCUGGAAAUGCUGGUAUAGCAAAUUAACAAUAUUGGUAGAUUGCUCA